GCAAAGUGUGGCAAAACUACGUCAAAUCAUAAUGAAAUAUCAAUAUCAUCAAAAUAUUCCGCAGCCUUGAAGUUUUUUAAAAAUAAUGGAUAUAUCGGCAUUGUCAGAGCCGAACUUUAGUCCUGCCGAGUGGAUAAACACUAACUACAAGAAGUACGUGGAGGAGAAUGUCAAACAAGGUGGAGAAAAAACCGCCUCGGCUUUUAUUCAAAGUUACGUGGCCAAAUUGCAGUUAUAUGUCCAGCAGGUGAAUUAUGCUGUAGAAGAGUCCAGCCAGCAGGUUGUGUCCAGUAUGCCUCGCAUAGCCAAAGAGGCAGCCACUCUUCAGAGGGAUGUGCAGGAACUGCAGGAGAAAAUGCUGGCCAUGCGACAAGAGGUUGCCGCCGUGCAGGACGAGACCGGUGAAUGUAUGGCCACGUUGGAACGUCUUAACACACUGCAAUCAAAGUUGCAGGCCGCUAAAGAGUCGUUGCAAGAGUCGGAUGGGUGGGGCAAUCUCUUGGCCGAGUUGGAAGAUGGUUUCGAGAGGAAUGAUUUGAAGGGCAUUUGUGAAAAGCUAACAGCACUGCAAAAGUCUCUACAAGCACAGGAGCAACUUGCCGGUCAUGCCGAACGUCUCACACAAGUGGAGGACUUUAAAAAUCGCUUGGAGGCACUAGCAUCUCCAAAUGUGGUGCAAUGUUUUGCCGAAUCCAAUCUGGAACAGGCCCAGCACUAUGCGGACAUCUUUGAUAGCAUUCAAAGACUACCCCAGCUGCAGCAAUAUUAUCGCGCUGUGCAGAAAAAUGUUCUGCAACAGCAGUGGAAACAGACACUGGAACAGCAGCAACAGCAACACUUCCUUAGCCUCUACUAUGAUCAACUCUUGGAGCACUGUCAGCGUCAAGUGAAAUGGUGCUCCCAAUUGUUUAGUGGCGAUCAGACCCAGCCGUUUUUGGUUUUGGCCGAACUAUUGCCUGCCCUACAGCCAGCCAGGGACGUCCAUAUUCUGCAGUUGCUGAAGACAUCCAAUGAACGCUUGGAAUUGUUAUCUGCGUUUGCCCAGGCUAAUCACAGUUUUGUUCUUCAUUUGAAUUCAUCGUUGGAGCAAUCGCACAUCAUAUUGCCCGAGCAUUUAAAACGCCAAUUGGGCGAGGCGAUCUUCGAAUAUUUCCACAAAUUUGUGCAACAAUAUCCGCGAUUAGAAGAAACUCAAUUGUCAACGCAAGUGGAUCGUUUGCUGUCUAAUCAAGCAACGCCUAGUGAUGCAGUGCGUCAUUUGGUCGAUAGCACACGGAAGUUAUACGAAUGGCUUUAUGAGGCAUGCACUCGUUGUUCGGUCAUAACCAGUGACUUGGCUUUGUGUAAACUGAUUACACUAUUGAAUGGCAUCUUUAAGAGGCAAUUGGAGAACUUUGGACGUACCCAACGACAAUUAAGCCUUAGUCUGGGUUCACCCAAAACCGAAAAUUGGUCCCUUCUGCAAUAUACAAUGUCGCAGUUGCAAUGCCUAGCCGAUUUUCAAAUGCAAUUGAAUCAAUUCGAACAGAAUUUGCAUACUCGUUUAGAUGCUUUAGAUGGCAAAUUGGGAAAAUCCACGGAUAGGCACAUUAUAACCAUAUAUCAGACCUUGGAUCAGGCUACAAGCAAGCAGUUGAUCAACAGCAUUAAAGACUAUCAGCAAAAGAAAACAGAAGCUAGCGAAACGUUGGGCAUAUUUCCCCAAAUAUAUGCCACUCUCAAAACCCAUUUGACAGAAACGCACGAGAUUACCCUCAGCGUGUUGUUGCAGCCAAUUGAGGUGCAUCUAUCUCAGAUACGCCCUCCUGCGGUAGAUGGUAAUAACAUGGCUUCAUCUGGUAUUGAUAUGCCUUCUUUUAGUUUUGCUCCCCAGGAGAGUAUUACACAAAUUGGUCAAUAUCUCCUCACUUUGCCACAGCAUCUGGAGCCGCUUCUUCUCUCUCCAUCUCCCCUGCUUAAACAGGCUUUGGAAUUGUGCAAUAUUAAAUACACUCAAGCCAUUCCUUGUGCCGACGUCCUACUCUCCCUUGUGGUAGAACAAUGCUGUCUUUUGUAUCAGGCUCAAAUUUUGCAAAUCAAAUCAUUGCCAAGUUCGGCGGCCACACAACUCAGUGUGGACAUUGAAUAUCUAUCGAGUGUACUUGAGGAACUGGGUCUUUCCAUAAAUCAGCAAUUAUCACAGAUUCUAACUCUAUUGAAAGCGGCACCAGAUCAGUAUUUAGCUUUAAGCGCUGGCUGUGAGCCUCGUCUGGUGACUGCAAUACGUCAGAUGCGUAAUAUAAUAUCCACACAAUAAUUAUAAAUUAUUCCAUAAUUAUUUAUUAGUUCUUUUCAAA